GCUGAAUUAUUCAUCAGCAGUUGUCGGGUCUCGGGGCAGCUGAGCCGAGAGCGGCGAUGGAGAGGCAGAGGCGAGGAGGUGCGGGAGGAGAAAGGGAAGCGUGGAGGUGCUGCUGUGAGCUGUGACUCAGCAGGGAGAGAGAGAGAGAGUUUAUAGAUAGAGUUAGGUGCUACGACUGGAUAGAGAGAGAGAGAGAGAGGCGUCAAAUUCCUCCCGUUGUGCUUGUGAACGCGUGUGUGCGUGCUUGUGUGUGUGUGUGUUUGUGCGUCCGUGCGGCAAUCGAUUGAGUGGAGAAGGUCACGCAGCCGAGAGGAGAUUAGCAAACCGGACUCCAGCUAACGCCUCCUCUCAAUAGCAGCUAGACUGAAAAAGGAGAGAGAGAGAGAGAAAGAAAGGAGGAGAGGAGCAGCGAGCACAGCAUGGGGGAGAGCUACAUGUACCAGCGACUCCCCUACGCCAGAGGACGGGAGGAGGGGGAGGAUGAGGACGAGGAGGAGAGGGACGGCAGCAUCGCGCAGAGUGUCGGGGCAGCAAUGAUGCAGUGUGAGGAGGGCACAGAGUGGCUGCUGGAGUUGCUGACGGAUGUGCAGCUGCAGCAGUACUUCCUGCGCCUCCGAGACGAGCUCAACGUCACGCGUCUCUCCCACUUUGACUACGUGAAGAACGAGGACCUGGAGAAGAUCGGCAUGGGGCGCCCAGGUCAGAGGAGGCUCUGGGAGGCAGUGAAGAGGAGGAGGGCCCUUUACAAGCGCAAGUCGUGGAUGAGCAAGGUGUUCCCGGUGAAGCGGCCCGACGCCGGCGACCCCCAGCAGGGGGCGGCGGCCGACGCGUCGCCGGCCGGCGGCGGCGGCGAGCCGGCGGCGUCGCUCACCUGCCUGAUCCGGGAGUCGGAGCUGCAGCUGUUGGAGCGGCUGGGGGACGGCACGUUCGGGGUGGUGCGGCGAGGAGAGUGGACCGGACCCAACGGCAGAGUGCUGUCGGUGGCGGUGAAGUGUCUGAAGGCCGGCGUGCUGGACUCGGACGGUCUGGACGAUUUCAUCAGAGAGGUGAACGCCAUGCACUCGCUGAGCCACCAGAACCUCAUCCGGCUGUACGGCAUCGUCCUCACGCAGCCCAUGAAGAUGGUGACCGAGCUGGCGCCGCUGGGUUCCCUGUUGGAUCGUCUGAGGAAGCGCCAGGGCCACAUCCUCAUCUCCUCGCUGUGCAACUACGCUGUGCAGGUGGCGUGCGGCAUGGCCUACCUGGAGCAGAGACGUUUCCUCCACAGGGACCUGGCCGCCCGCAACGUCCUGCUCUCCACCAAUGAAACGGUGAAGAUCGGAGACUUUGGGCUGAUGAGAGCGCUGCCGACACACACCGACCAGUACAUCAUGGAGGAGGGCCACAAAAUCCCUUUCCCGUGGUGCGCGCCGGAGUCCCUGAAGUCUCGUACGUUCUCUCAUUCGUCCGAUACCUGGAUGUUCGGGGUCACCCUGUGGGAGAUGUUCACCCACGGACAGGAGCCCUGGCUGGGCCUCAGUGGAAGCCAGAUCCUCCACAAGGUGGACGUGGACGCGGAGCGGCUGUGCAAACCGGACGACUGCCCGCUGGACGUCUACAACGUGAUGCUGCAGUGCUGGAGCCCCAAGCCGGAGGACAGGCCCACCUUCGUCGCCCUCAGAGACUUCCUGCUCGAGGUACGAAGGUUCCCAACUCCACCCCCCCCCCCCCCCCCCCCAUUCAAAGUUAAAGCGGUCACACUCACUCCGUUUGGCACAAAAGUGGCACAUCGGUCGAACACCAAGGACAGCACGGGGGAGAGCCAUAAAUCCCCAUUACACGAGGCGGCGGCAGGUGUUUGGUCACUUCUGAUCCCGCUGGCGGGCGGCGGUAAAUCAUCGCUUUGUGUUCUGCAGAGCGUGCCGACGGACAUGAAGGCGCUGCAGGACUUUGAGGAGGAAGACAAGCUCCAGAUUAAAAUGAACGACGUCAUCACCAUCAUUGAGGGGAGGGCGGAGCACUACUGGUGGCGAGGCCAGAACAGGGGGACGCUGCGCGUCGGCCAGUUUCCUCGCCACGUGGUGACGGCGGUCGCCGGCCUGUCCGCCCGCGACAUCAGCCGCCCGCUCAAACACUCCUUCAUCCACACGGGCCACGGGGACACGGACCCCCACCGCAGCUGGGGACAUGCGGAUCGCAUAGACAGUCUGUAUCUGGGGAACCCCAUGGACCCCCCCGACGUCCUCGGGAUGGAACCGGGCAGCGCCAGGCCGACCAAACUCCCCAACCGAUCCAAGAAGCAACCUCCUCCUCGCCCGCCUCAACCCGCCGUCCUGCUGAAGAAGCCCUUUUACGACUCUGUAAUGGACGACUACGGCGACGACGACGACGACGGCGGCGGCUGCGGCGCCUCCUCCUCCUCCUCCUCCUCGGGUCUGAAGAGGCUGGGGGCGUCCCUGGGCCUGAAGCUCCGCCCGUGGGAGGGGUCCGCCGUGCGCCCGGCCAAGAGCGAGGUGUCGCUCAUCGACUUCACCGACGACAGCUUCAGCUCGGCCACGCCCUCGCCGCUCGCCGAGACGCGGCCGCCGGACGACGACACGCUGAAGGACACGCCGUCAAUCUUGGACUGGCCCCUCCCCCAGCCGACCUACGACGUGGUCGCUGCGGAGCUCGAGGACCAAUCGGAGGACCAGGAGGUCCGGACUAUCAACAAGGGUUCCGCCGAUGAAGCCGCGACGGCGCCCGGCGGCGCCGUGGCGACCAGGAGCGAGUCGCAGUCGGCCGACCUCUUCCAAGAACUACAGAGAGAAGUGAUGGUGAAGCUGCAGGUUCCCAUGGCAACGGGCCGCUCCCUCCCCUCCUCCCCCCUGCCCAUGCCGCUGGCCCCGCUGGGCCCCCACCGACAGAUCUACCUGCCACCCCCCUCCCCCAGCUCCGGCUCCUCAUUCGCCUGCUGCUUCGAGGACCGCCCGGUGCUGCCCCCCCGCAGCCCCGUCCCCCCGCUGCGGCCCUCCAAGCGCGACCCCCCCGCCCGCGCCGCCCAUUCGCAGCCGCGCUCCAGCUCCGCCUGCCUGGGCAACGGGGAAGACACGCCCCCGCAGCUCCCGCCCAGAGACCACGCCUUCUCUCAGCCGGGCUCCCGCUCCUCGUCCCCCCUCCCCCUGGCGCCGCCGCUGUCCUCCUAUCCCCUGAGCCUGCCCCCUCCUCCCCUCACCGUCUCCCCGCGCCGGGCGUCCGGACACCUGGGCCCCCUGCUGUCCUCCAACCCGUCCUCCUCCGCGUCCAGGCUGGCCGCCCGCGGCUCCUCCUCCUACUCCUCGGGCUCCUUGCUGGAUCCGCUCGCCUUUGGCGAGGGGCGUGGCCUCUCCUCGCUGGUCGACAGCUCUGCUCCCGCCCCGCUGCCAGAGCGCCCAGCUUUUCUUGAAAGAUACGGAGCGGCCAAUAUGGCGGCAGUCAAACCCAUGAUUCAGCAUCCCGGCGGAGCCAAGCCAAACUCCUCCUACAACAACAACAACAACGGGCGGACUUCAGCUCCCAGCAUGCAACAGGAGCAUAGUGUCACCCAGGUGCAAGGGGCGGUGCACGGCGUCACGCUGGAGGAGUGUCAGGCGGCCCUGCAGAGUCACAACUGGAGCAUCUCUCAGGCCAUAAAUCAUUUGAAGGUGGAGCAGCUGUUCCGUCUGGGCCUGCGGUCGAGAGCCGAGUGCGAGGAGCUGCUGCAGCGCUGCCAGCUGAACCUGGAGCAGGCCAGCGCGCUCAUGCUGGACACGUACGGGCCUCACCGCAGCAAGAAGUGAAAGCCGGAGGCCCAACUCAGCAGCCAAGAACUACUUUGGAUCCCCCGAAGUAAUCGGGAUCAACGCGCCAGAGCCGGCGCCGCGUGGAGGAGCGUGCAGCGUGCAGCAUGCAGCAUGCAGCGUGCACGCGCCUCGCCGCAUGGAACUGUGAACUUCCUGCUCUUACUUGGGUCCAACACUCUCCUCAGACGCUCCACGGAGCAGCUCGUGGAAUAUCUCAUGGUUACUUGAACAGUUCUGUUAUGACGUUGAUUCGUUUUGCUUCGUGUGAGUGUGCUUUGCGUCUUGCUGCAUGUGCAGGUUGUGCACGUAUCAGCUUAAACUAAUGCUUCAACUCAGCGGACGCCCGUGACAGCAAACAAUGCAGCUGUAUGUCUGUUUGAAAAUGUACUGGUAAAAUGCUGUAGUGCUAAAUGGGUUUGUGGUACUUCUGAGGACACCAUAACUGCUCCUCAGAGUACAACUUAUGUAAGUCAUUUUAGAUCGCAUUGUAAGCAAUAAGACUGUGACACCGAAAUGUGAGCGCUACAAAUUCAAAUCACCUAAGUUGAUGUUUUUAAUUUCAAACUGCACGAGCAUCAUAAGCAUCUGGAGGAGUGAUGCACCAGUCAGUUGAUGCAAAGCAUGCGUCCGCGCAGACAGGGACCAGGAAUGUCAUCUCUUAGUAAUUAUGAGCUGCUGAACAGAUGAAUCUUGUUUUAUGCUUGGCUGUAAGCUUGUCGCUCUGCUGUUUGCAUUCUACAAAAUAGAGCAGUGAAAACAUGGCCUCAAGUGUUUUAUUAUAAAGUGAAGAGGAGUCUCAGAACCCUCU